UUUAUAAAUUCAGCUAUUUUUUUAUGUUAAAAUUAUUCAUUUUCACAGAUUCUGCAAGUGGUUCGCAAACUUUGAAGCGGAAGUGAAUUCCAGAAAAAUCUUCACUGUUUACUUCAUUUGUUUUAUCUUUCUUUUUUUGUAUUUUUUUGUGCUGUUGCUUGUAAUUUGUUUAUUUGUUCCUAUUCUAUUACUAACUGUUUACUUUUCUUUAAUAAUGUUUGAACUUUAUAGUUAGGCUAAGUUUGAAAGUUUUCUAUGGAAUAGUACAUGAUAGGAUAUUUAACAAUCUAUAAUGACUUUUUUUUUUUUUUUUUUUUUUUACUUUUGGUCUUUUGUGUGCGUUUAGGUCUUGAGUAAUAGAAUAAGAUUCAAGAACAGAUUGUUUCACAAAUAGGACUUACUCAAAUACUGAAGGUUUGUAAAAUAAGUAAUAAUGAUGAUAAUAAAUAAAUAAAAAAGAAGGAAAAAAAAUAUGGAGGUGUAAUGCAUGUUAGAGCUUCUUACUAGCUACCUUUGAGUUUCGAUUCGAGCCGUGGGCGUGUUACUAUCCUGCUUCUCCUGCUUUUAGGAUGACGAAAGAAACUGACAAAACAGGUGUAGAUCUACGGAACUGUAGCAUGAACUUCGCAACACUAAUCAUGUAGUUCUACUGUAUUCUAAAACGCAGGAAGGAUAAAAUCGAUCACGAUGGCGAAUCCUCGUCGCAAGCAAUUCACACAGACAUCAAGCUCAGAUGAUCAACCCAGUGGCUCUACAAAACACAUUGUAAUAGAUUUACGCCCUAGACCAGAAGCAGGGCCAGGCAGAACUGUGGAAGCAUGGCACAAUUCUGCAAUGUCUAGUCAGGAUUAUCAGCCUGGAAUCAUGAUACAACAAGCAGGGCCAAACACAAUGAUGGAACCUAUUCUUCGGUCACCUCAGCACGAUUUCCCACAAUAUUGGGAGGAUGAUUGGAUUGAAAUGUUCCCCACAUUUCAAGGGCCAAACAGAUUUGUGGAAACUCCAUCAUCUGCUCCUCGGACACUUUACUUUUGGGAGAAUGUUUGGACUGAAAGAAGAAUAAAAGCCCAUGCAUGGCAGAAGAUGAUAUGUCAGUAUAAGACGUCAGUCAAGUGUAGGCAUGACAAUGUCUCACUUGCUUCUCAGUACACUGAACCUGUGAUCACUCUGAAAAAUAAAAAAGGUGGUUUUCGGAAAAUCAGUGUGGAGGAGUUGUUCCACAUUCCACAUUUGUUUUAUCCACCUAUUAUUCUCCUCCAAGGAAAUUCUGGUAGUGGAAAAUCUUUCAUAGCACAAAAGAUUAUGUUGGACUGGGCAUCUGAAAAACAUUACCUUAAAGACUUUGAUCUAGCUUUCUACCUGAGGUGUGAAGAGCUGAUGUGUCUUUCUGAGGAGAUGAACUUGAUUGAGCUCCUGAGCUGGAAUUGUAGUUUUUCAUCUGAUCAGAUCUCACAGAUGUUACAGAACUCAGCACAGAGAGUGCUCAUCAUCAUUGAUGGACUUGAUGAUCUGGAUGACCUUAGAUUCAUGUGUCAUGAAUUUUGCAUAUCAUCUAAUUUAGAGAGAGCCCCACCUGAGGUCAUUUUUUGUUCCUUGCUUCAAAAACAAAUCCUGCCCAGAUCUUUCCUGCUCAUCACUACUAGAACUGAGGUCCCACAGGGCAUGUUGUGUAUAGGACAACACCGUUUCUUUAAGAUUGUAGGUUUCUGUGAGAAAGGGGUGGAGGAGUACUUCCAGAAGUUCUUUCAGGAUGAGGAACUCUUCAGGAAAGCGUUCAAGUAUUUGAAGGCAAACAAAUCCCUCUUCACCUUUUGCUCCUUUCCUGUUAUCUGCUGGAUCAUCUGUACGGUUAUGCGAGAGAGGUUUAAUGAUGGUGCGGAUGUGAGAAGUGGGCUGGAAACCACCACCUCUAUCUACACUGACUUUGUGUCCACUCUACUGGAGCAUCACUGCCAGGGUUUGAGUCAGUCCGUCCUGACCAUGCUGAGGAGUCUGGGUCAGCUGGCAGAAAAAGGGAUGCUGGAACAACAAGUCUUGUUUGAUGAGAAAAAUAUGAAUGAAACUAUUUCAGACCUUACUGGCAGUCCAUUCAUGUGCAAGUUCCUCUCUAGGAGAAGAAUCCACCAGGAGACGAUGUUCAGUUUCAUGCAUCGCAGCUUUCAGGAGUUCUUCACUGCUCUAUACUAUGUCCUUCUGGAUGAAGAAGAGUCCCAAAGGAAAGUGAGAGAGCUGCUUCACACUGUAGAGAGAGGAUGGGCUUUGUCCUGUUGGUCUGAUAGAGACUUUUCAGUGGCAGGUUUAAAAACAAGACAUUCAAAGCUUCUGCAGCCUGUGAUUUUGUUCCUCUGUGGUCUCUGUAAGACAGAAUGGAUCCCGUCAUUCUUUAAAAAGCACAACAUGGCUGUCUCGGUCAACAUAGAAACCCAGCUUAAGGAAUGGAUCGAUACGUGUUCACAGAGAUAUCAAAAUGAACACAUGUUGUUCAUUCUCUGUUGUCUCUAUGAGCUCCAUGACAAGAGCUUUGUUGGGAAAGUUUUGGAACAUUUGAGUUCGAUAGAUCUGUCAAAUAUUCCACUGAAAAAUUCAGACUGCUGGAUGUUGCAGUUUUGUUUGCAGAACUGUGUUAACAUCAGCAAUCUGAGACUCAAUAUAACAUCUGAAAAUCUGAAGAUUCUUCAGUCUGCACUGUACAGUUGUAAGCAGUUAUGGUUGAAGGUGGAUCACAUUACAGAUGAUACUGGGGAUUUGAUCUCAGCGCUUGCCGAAGGAAAGAUUAUGAAAGAACUGAUAAUACAGGAUCAAAAAGGAUCAAAAUCUCUGAAGAAACAGGCCAAAAGCAUUAUUGCAUCAGUUGAAAAUGAAGAUCUCAUGCUCUCUGUUUGCUGCUCAAAAAUGAGACCAUCAUCAUUAAUCUCAGAAUUUACUCUCACCUGUUCACGGCAAGAGAUUUCCACUGUCAACUGGAGAAUCUUCCUACAGAAACUCUGCAGAUCAACAGGCUCUCAAGCUUCAUCAGUGGAUGAAUUCUUCGUUCUAGAUGUCCUGCAGUCUGUGUCUGGUCUAAAGAAAGUCCAUAUGCAGACAGACAGAUGGACUGUCAAAUGGAAUCCCACAAUCCUCUCCCUUGUCCAGGCCUUUCCCAGUCUGAACGAACUCAGGAUAAAUGCAACCAUUUCAUUGAAUCCAUUAAAGAUUAUACAGUCCCUGAGGGAGUCACUGACACAGACAGGGUGGACCCUUACUGUCUGGAGGAAGUCAGUGCUGAUUGAGCGUGACGGGAAGAGUUUCACAGUUUCACAGUUGAGGACAAUAAAGACCGAAAAUAUUGAGAGCAAAAGAGCUGAAUCACUUUCAGGACAAACAUCCUCAGAUGAUGCAGAAGUAUUCACACCUGACCAUGUUCAGGAAGAUGAUGAGGACAAACACAAGAAUACAUACAGGUUUGUGUGUCCACAUGCUGGUCAGUUUCGUUGCAGUCUGACCAACCUUGUGUUUGUGAUGGAGGGUGAAGGAGAGGUGCUCUAUAAAACUGUCUCAUGGGAUCCUCGUCUGUUAGAUGGUUUGGGUCAGAUGAAGUCUGCAGGACCCUUGUACAAUAUUGACUGUUUUCAUGGUUCAAUCUCAAGACUGCACCUUCCACACUGUGAAAUCUCUGAGGAAAACAAGGACGGUUUGGCUGUAGCACAUUUAACUGGCGGUAAUACAGCAAUAAUGCAGCCUCUCCAAGUGACUGAAACUCAUGUGAUGAUUGACAUCAGAGAUCUCUCCAUCUUUGGGCUCAUAAAAAGGAUGAUCUUUCCUCCUUCUCCUGUUGCUGCCCAAGUGCUUGUCUUUCUGCGUCCGAUAACUUUGAGACAGAGAGAAAACAUACUGGAUGUCCAUUUGCUCCCAUGGAAUAUUCCACUGUCAGAGGUCAAGGACCAGCACACGGAGAAUACCCACAUUAAAACUAGUUCAAAGUGUUCUCUUACUCCGGCAACAGAAUACAGUCUGUGUUGUCAACCAGAGGAAUCUACAGUGCAGCCGGAGACUGAGAUGUUUGAGUGCAAUUUUGGUCCAAACUAUCAUCCCACAUUUGAAGUGUUUGUGAAUGUCAACAUUGAGGAAGUCAAGCUGAGUCUUUUAGAUAAAACUGAAGGAAAGGAAGUGUGGCUUCCACGACGAAUCCUUCUCACAGCAUCAGGUAAAGAUGCAGUCCCUACUGCUCACAAAAGGCUCACAGAAUCUGAAUUUGUGAAAAAACACAGAGAUAAACUUAUUAAAAGAGUUUCAUCAGUGAUGGCGAUUGCUGAUGGUCUGAGGACUAAAGACAUGAUUUCAGAUGAAAUGUACAGAGAAGUUUGUGAGGCAAAAACACAAAAUAAGAAAAUAAGAAUCUUGUUUAAAGUUCUUGACUCUGGAGGACCUUCUGUAAAAACAGAAUUCUACGGACUGCUGAAGGACGAAGAACCUUAUCUAGUAGAUGAUCUGGAGUCUGGACAUAGUGGACAGCAGUAAUGCUGAGAGAACAGGAACUUCAGUAAGUUUGAGACAUGCAGUAAACGGCAGCUCGAGCGUUAAUAUACAUGUAUAUUUAAAGAGAGAGAUCCAGAUGCUUAUUUUCUCAAGUUAGCACAAGAUUUACAAAUGAUAUUUCUGGCAUGAAACUUCACAAGUUUGUGUAAAACCGUAUGAUCAUGUUCUACACAGCAUGAUUUAAGAAAGAUCAAGUGAGCAUCUUUUGUUUUGGUUGAAGCAAUAACAUCUGACCAUCUGUACAAUGUCAAAACUUUGCCUAUUUAAUAUAACUGAAAAGCAGAAUCUAAAAUAUUUCUUCAUUUAUGUUAUAAAUUUUUACAUAUUUUCUUUGAUUUAAAAUUUUCUAAAUCCGUAAACUUUAUAUCCAGGUUUACAUUUUAGAUUUAGAUUUUAAUGCCUAUAUUUUCUGUUUGGACUCUGUAUUAUGUCUUUGUUGAUGUACAGUAAUAUGCUUAUGUUUUACUCUGUGUAAGCCUAAAUUUGUUUACAGUUUUUCUCGAUUGCUUAAACACAUUUCUUGAAACUAUGCCUCAUAUUCUCAAAACAGUAAACACAAAUCCAUAACGUUCCACCCAAUUCCCCAAACAUCCUAUUUUCAGGUCAAAAUGAAGCUCUACACUCAAAACCAUUCACUCUUGCUGAAAAACCAAACUUUGCCCUCAGACAUCACACACAAGCCCUCAAAAACACACACACUACAACAUAGUCUUACACACUGGUGAGAUAAAUUCAAAACAAUACUACAAAAAACAAAAACCAGUAAAGUUGUGUUGCUUGUGGUUCUCCCCCUCAAGGAACUUUUCACAUGAUGAACACGUGUAUACAUUUGCACAUUUUUUAUUCCUUAAUGUACUGUACAGUACAAUACACCAAACAACUACAAAAAAAUUCUGCCCCAGCAUCACAUCUUUGGUCUGGGACAGGCCAGAGAAUCUCUUCAACAUCACAGGCUGUACUGGCCCUAGCCAGGCAGAGGGGGUAAAAUCCUCUUGCAUGCCUGAUCCACCCCUGGCACGCAUCAACUGAAAUGUCUAGUCAGGCUUCUUCCAUUCCAUCGUCUCUGUGUCCUACAAAAAUAGAAGUACUGAUUACUGUAACUGUAACACAUCCUUUUUACAAAAUGGAAGCAGACAGAAACUCUAUCUGUAUGUAAGGCAGUUUGAUGCAUGUGUUGUAACAGAGUACAGCACUCAAAAGUUACAGUAGAGUACACUGAGGUACACCUGCCUUUUUUUCGUCCCUGAAGGUUCUUAUGAUCGAGGCAACGGUGAAGCAACUUAAGUUUGGCUGAACUCAUUGCCCAGCCUCCCUCAUAGUCAUACCAUGGACAGGGACAUGGUCAACUAGUGGCACGAAUUUCAUCUGAGACUCCUUGUCUCCUUGCCCUUCAUCCUCAUCCUCGUCCUCCUCCUCUUCCUUCACCUCUUCCUCCACUCCUUACAGCUCUUGCUCAUCCUCUUCCUCUCUGGUGUCCUCAACCUUUUCAAUCACGUCUCUCUGGAUCCAUUGUUCCAAAACUGAAUGAACUGACUCAGUAUGUUUUAUCUUUCUAUUGAAGGUUCUGAUUGUUGUGUGAUAAAUUUUGACUCUUAGUGUUUCCACGUGUGUAACUGUGUGCUAAUUGAGCUCAAGCUACGCUGACUUGAGUGAACAAUAUUGAAUGCUAGUGCUUUCUAAAUGACAACAUGGUAUAGGCAAUGAGAAAUGAAGGGAUUUGUGUCUCGAGUUUUGCAGUGACAGUUCAACAAAUCUGAUUUAUGUGUCAAAACAAGGGAAUAGUGUUUAUAGUUUAGGGAAUUGGGUGUGCUUUUUAAUAAAUGGCGUUAUGGUUUUGAAAUUUUAGUUCAAAAGCCUGGUUAUAAUGUUUAAGCAAUCGAGAAAAACUGUAAUAUGAGGUAUGAAUGAAUAUGAUGGUUGAAAGGAUAUCAGUAUAGUGGGACUGGAGACAGCGAGUAAACAUCCUCUGAUUGCUUAAUUUUCUUAAGUCAAGUUCAUUUUGCGAUCAAGUUUUCAUUAAUUUUCUCCUUGCUAGUGAAAUGGUGGGGUGGUGUGAUGAUUGCUUCAAGGAAGCAUGUUAAGGGCAGGUUUUAGAGUGGCACUGAUCUGACAGUCUAAACGUAGCUGUAUUUUGGCCUCGUCCAAGGCUUUUGGCUCCGCCCGGCUCGUUGUUAGCCCUGGCAUGCGUUCAUGUGCUCACCAGACAUUUCUGUGAUUGGCUAUGCUCAACACUGCAAAACACGUUGCUAAUACAAACCUUUGACAGUUUUCAGAGAUUAACACAAAUAUGCAGGGGAGUAUUUGAAAGCAGUUGCCUAUCAGUCAGGACCGAAAUUGCCUAUUUGACACGUGCCUAUUGAUUCCGACCCACACCGCAAAUGACAAGGUCCCUCUUGCAGUAAGCUUUAUCUUCAAUAAGGUAUCGAACGAUGAUACUCGCAUUGCUUAUCCUUUUGCAAAGGUUUGCUAGCGUUUGCAGUGUUCAAUAGCUAUCUAUGUUUUAAUUAGCUAGUAAAGCAUUAUCAAGUUGCGUUCUUAUCCUUCUGCAAGUGCACUGUACAACAAGGUUUCUCAAUCUUCAUCUGUGUCUAUGCAUUUUGAGUAUUUCUUUUACUUAUCUGUCAUGCUGAUCUGGUUAAUUUUCUUUUGGGGGUUCUCUAGGUGGGUUCUGAUGGCUAUAUGGAGUUCUGUCGGCAGAGUUCUAUCAAGCCAUGAGCGGGAGUCACGCCCAAGUAUAUUGAAUUUUAGAAUUUGUGCUCUUUCUGAGUCUUUCUUUUAGAAACUAAAUACUACCUUCUAUUUAUUUACCUUACCUAUCAAUGGAGUCAAAACCAUGCCACAUAGUUUUGCAAAAGAAUGAAGUCUCGCAAAAGAAAAUAAAGUUAAUUGCAAAAGAAAAAUAAAGUAUUGGGAGAAAAAAAAUAAAGAAUUGCAAAAAGAAAGAUAUAAUUAAUUGCAAAAAUCAAUGUAAAAGAAGCUUAUGAACACUGAUCCUAUUUUAUCUCUGCAACAGAUAUUUUCCAUUGUCACACCUACUAAUUAAUUUGUAAUACUCCUUUUGUUAUGCGUUUCAGUCAAGUGUAAGCUCGCAAUACCAUUUUUCCUUUGUGCUUCACUUUUCUGUGCAUUACACUUCAUACUAGCACUGUUUUGACGUGGGGGUGGAGUCAAGAAACUGGGACGUGUUCAAUGGGCCUGGUCACGCCUCCCUCAUCUGCUCGAGAUGCAGAUCAGCAAAGAUGAAGGCACCAUGGCUGAGAGAGACAUGCGGGUGGAUCGUUUUUUAUGAACUCACACUUUUACUAACAUUUAAAUGUUUGGUUUCGUUUUGCUGACUAAAUGUAUAUUCAAAGUGUUUGCUUAAGUUAGAGGUCAUGUUAAAGUGGUGUUUAUUAUUAGCCGUAGACUACAUGCUAACGUGAAGUGUCUGAAAACAGACAGCACCUGCUGUUUAUUUCUCAAUAUUGUGCACACUUUUAUAGCAUUAAAAUGUUUAUGGUUUCGUUUUGUUAACUAAAUGUGUAUUAGCAUUUGCUAAAGUUAAAGAAGUUAGAGAUCGGUUAAAGUCUUUGAGGUUCCUCCUGAAGUAGCCAGCAUCUGCUGUUUAUUUCACUAAUUGUGCACACUUUUAUACUGUUGAUGAUACGUCACAAGGAAAUAUUAGCAUAUUGCCCGCCCACUUAUUGCGCGUGCAGACGCCAGGGAAAAUUCAUUUUUUCACAGCAGUACAAUCUUUUGUUGUGUUCCAGUCGUUUACUGAAGACUGCUUCUCAAACCUCGGGAGAUUCACAAAACGCUUGGUCUUAAAAUAUGGACCAAUGCCCAGUUUAUUUGGACCAGCUUGCUCCUUUGAAUCUCAACCUGUAAGUAUGAUUAAUAAUUGAUGUUUAUAUUUUGUAGCGAUCGUUCAAAUAUCGUAGUUUUGUAUGUUAUGUUGUGUAAAGUAUGUCUGCUGCUAACCGGCUAACUCACGUUUCUGUAGUUCUGCUAUUCAGAUGUGGGUCCAAUAUUGUUUAAAAAUGUGUCGAUUACUGCAGCUUGUCUGUCUUAUUACUUGGAGUAAUGAUCAAGGAUGGAGCACGACUUUUGUUUACAAAGUGUAAUGCAUUAUCAGCUAUUCACGUUUGUGCUCGGCUAACGUGUAAGUUUACAACAUAGUUGUGGGCUCGGUUUGCUUACAUUACUGUAAAACAAACUGUUUUUUUCCUCUGUGUUUUUAUUAUUACAGUAGAGUGGAGCUCUACCUGUAUUGUAACAGGAUGUUAAGAUGCUAUUCGCACUAACUAGUUGAAGUAUUCUCUCUGUAAACAGUAAACACCCAUUGUAAUGUCAAACAAUGAUAUAGCCAUUUUUUUCUUUGUUAAUAGUUAUGGCAAAAAAAGCUUCUGUACACAUCUGGUCUAAAUGUUUACGUUAUGUUAGAGGUUUUCAGCUUUGCUUUGCAUUCUGAUACAGUUCCCAGGUGCACCUACAUAAAGUAUAACAGUGAUGAUGCUCUCACGUCUUAUAAAUAAAGCAAACUAAGGUGACACUUAACAUAUAGAAACGUCCUACCUACUCCAGUCAUGAUUGCGAAUCAGUUUCUGGUUCAUCGACUACUUUUUGGCUCGAAUUGAUACGGUAAAAUCGAUGCUAUCUUUUCCAUACAUUGUAUACAAUGUCUUGUGAAAAUAGCUGUCAUUCAGUAAUGGCAACGUUAAUCGUAGUAGACCGAUUAAUGUUACAAAGGAUUGGGCCAUCUGACCAAUCAGAGCAGUGUAAGCUCACGGAAAGGAGGGGUUCUACUGCUUCUAACGAGUCGUUUACGAAUCAUAGAGAACUGAGGUGAAAUUAAUGUAGGGCCUAUAUUAUGAGAAAACUAAAGUGUUUUUGACCUUGCAUGUAUGUAAACCUGUUGUAGGAGACUCCCAAAACAAUAUUAGGAACCUUAAAAACACUUUAAAUUUCAGGCACUUUAAAUAGGAUCUUAAGAUGUUUUGUGUGUGUGUGUGUGUGUGUGUGAAUUUUAUUUUAAUUUAUUGUGUGUUUUGUUUGUUGAGCCUUUGUCUGAAGACAAUUUUCUACCCCUGUGGGAAUAGACAAUAAAGCUU